AUGCCUGCUCUGUCUCCAACUAUGGAAGUCGGAACCAUCCAGGAAUGGAAGAAAAAGGAGGGUGAUCCUAUCGAAGGCGGAGAUGUCAUUGCAGAGAUCGAAACGGACAAGGCAACGAGAUCAUAUGAAUAUAAUGACGAUGGCUUCAUGGCAAGGGUUUUCUAUGAGGAAGGCUCUGCUGAUGUUCCCGUUGGGAAGCUCAUGGCAAUCAUUGUCGAGGAAGAGGGGGAUAUUGCAGCAUUCAGGGACUACGAACCUCAGGAAGAUGGAAGCGCCGAAGCUGAGCCGGCAUCAGAACCGGAACUGGAGCCACCCGGGCCAGUGGCUCCACAACCCUUCUCAACAGCUUCUGUUCCAGCAGCAGCGCCAGCACCAGCCCCUCAGAGCAUAUCUCCGGAAUCUCGUGUGCUCGCCUCCCCGCUGGCCCGUAUGACUGCUGGGAAUGCAGGUGUGGGCCUCUCCCAAGUAGCGGGAACUGGUCCUGACGGUCGCAUCAUUGCUGCAGAUGUUGAAGAAGCGCUCACGUCAGGCCUGCAACCAGCGCAAGAACCGAUGAUUGCUCCAUCUCAGCCAGCGAUCGGCAUGUCUGCCUUCACCGAUGUUGAAGCAUCUAAGUUCAGGCGAGUUGCAGCGGAACGUUUGCUGCAAUCCAAGCAAACUGUGCCACAUUACUAUCUCUCUGUUGACUGUGAGGUGGACACUAUGGUUGCGAUGAGAUCAUCUAUCAAUUCAAAGGCAAAGGACGGAGAUUACAAAAUCAGUGUCAAUGACUUUGUCAUCAAGGCAGCAGCAGCAGCGCUGCGCAAAGUCCCGGAAGUCAAUGCGCAAUGGAUGGGGGACAAGAUACGCAUGUUUCAUUCCGCCGACAUUUCGGUCGCUGUCCAGACUGACCAAGGCCUUAUAACACCUAUCGUCAAAGAAGCAGAUAGGAAGGGCCUGAAGGAAAUAUCUGAGAACGUUAAAGAAUUAGCUGGCAAAGCCAAAGAGAACACCUUGGCUCCAGAGGAAUUCAUGGGUGGCACGUUUACGAUUAGCAACCUCGGAAUGUUCGGAAUUAAUAACUUCUCCGCCAUCGUCAACCCUCCGCAAGCGGCAAUUUUGGCUGUCGGAAGUUCCGACACACGCACCUAUAUGAGUGUGACUUUGAGUUGUGACCAUCGUGUCGUCGACGGGGCAGUUGGAGCCCAGUGGUUGAAGGAAUUCAAAUCCUGCAUAGAGGAUCCAGUUAAUAUCAUCAUGUGACUUUUUCACUAAAAUUCCCAUCGCUUACCGGAGAUACAGUACGAAGUCCUUUUGUCAUCGACCAGAGAAGCUUUCGCAGUCAAGUACCUGCCUCCCCGUAAGUGCCGUCGACGGUCGCGCCCAUCGUUUCAGGGUUAUUCGAUCACUGCUCUAAAGCAAUCAAGAAGUCAGAGCGAACGAAUAUGCAGCCGGAGGCACACACGAGCGGUUUCGUCGGCUCGAUAUCUUCAAGCCUUGUCCAGUAUAACCCCAGCAGAAGCAAUAGCCUCCGCUGUGCGAAGCCAAAUGUAACAGAAUCUCAGACAUCAAAAAGUCGCCGUUGUCGCUGGUUAAUGGCGACCCCUUCGCAUGUGAACGGGGCCACUGCUGUCGCUCCCAAAGCUGUUAACAAAUGGAGUGGAAUGACGCUGCAUUUUGUCGCUCUUGAAGUUUCUCGUGACAAACGCAAUUCGAAAGAACUGAACGACCACAUUUUAGAGAGGCUUGAGGUAGAGGGAGAUCCGGUCCGGUGGGCAGUUGUUGCGGCAGAUGAAGAAAAGGGAACAUGCUUUAUAGAAGCAGUCGUAUCAAGGUACGGACAAAGAGCGGUAAGCAAGCGGUUAUCCGAGUUUGACUCGCCUUCCUAAGCAUGGUAUUUGAGAUGAGUCCCCAUCAAUUUCAAGUAAAUGCAAAUUAAACCCCAUAUGCCAUCCCUUUAAACAUA